UCGCUUGUUCUUUUUCUGGGUCGUCCACCAACUGAUGCUUCUGUGGAGUGGUCGGUCAGUGGUGGUCUCUUCCCUAAGCUACCUCUUGUUCCUUUACACCGCUGCUACUUUUUCCAUUGCAAUGUCUACAAUGUCAGAGACAAAGGAACUUUUUAGGAGAGCAGAUGCUGUCUGUUUUGACGUGGACAGCACGGUUAUCAAAGAGGAAGGCAUUGAUGAACUGGCAAAGUUCUGCGGUGUUGGGGAUGCUGUCACCGAAAUGACUCGUAAAGCCAUGGGUGGCUCGGUGACUUUCAAAUCAGCCUUGACUGAGCGCCUCGCCAUCAUUAAAUGUUCCAGGGAACAAGUCAACAAACUGAUCACAGACCACCCACCACAGCUGACCCCAGGUAUCAGGGACCUUGUGGAGCGCCUACACCAACGCAACAUCAAGGUGUUCCUCAUUUCAGGUGGCUUCCGCUGCAUUGUGGAACAUGUGGCCACUCAGCUAAACAUUCCUUUAGAAAACAUCUACGCCAACCGACUCAAAUUCUACUUCAAUGGUGAAUACGCUGGAUUUGAUGAGAGCCAGCCGACAGCAGAGAGCGGGGGGAAAGGCAAAGUCAUUAGCAUGCUGAAGGAAAAGUACGGCUUCAAGACAGUGGUGAUGAUUGGAGAUGGAGCCACAGAUCUAGAGGCGUGCCCUCCAGCUAACGCCUUCAUUGGAUUUGGUGGCAAUGUGGUGAGGCCACAGGUUAAAGAGAUGAGUUUGUGGUAUGUUACAAGUUUUGGAGAGCUGCUAAAAGAAAUGGAAAAGAUUUGAUGACCCUAAAAAGAGUACAUUUACUCUUUUUAUAGUUUUUUUGUUUUUUUUAAACAAAUGUUAUUUGCACCAAAAGGUCUGAUGGUUUUAUCCAUCGUGAAUACUCCAUUUAUGUAAACAGAUUCUAAAUCAAUGUUUACUAUAAUCCGACCAUUUCUCCUAUACUUUUAAAUACCCACUGCCUGUGUGGAGGUCCAACAUUUUGUGUUUUAGGCACUUUUUUCAUUUCAGACUUACUCCUACACAAUGGGAAGUGCAAUGUGAAACAAAUUAAUUAUAUAUGGAGCAUUGUAAUCAGUCACGCAAAGGAUAGGCUGCAUUGUAAAGAUUGAGUUUUAAACACAGACAAAUGUUGUUGCUUGAAUUGCUUUAAUUCUGUGUCAUUAUUGCCCUAGAAAGACAAAAUAAAGACACGUAUCUUUUU